CCCCCUCGUUCCCUCCCGGCCCCCCUCAGCCCCCGCGGGUCCGCAGUGGUUCAGGGGCUCUGGUGCACCCCCGCAGAGAUAUCCACUGCUCGGUCGGGUAAAUGCCGGCCUGUCUGACCCGCAGGAGCAGGUCCCCUGAAAGCAGCUGGAAAUGAUCUCCCACAUGGACCACAAGGAGGAACUGUGGUUCUCCCACCUCCGCGCCUACCGAGGGAAGUCCGAGACAGUGCUGAGCAGCACUUGUGCAGCUGAAGAUGGGAUUGUCAUCAAAAAAGAGAAGAAUCCCCACCAAGGCAUCCCUGGGCCAACACAGCUGGAGGUUUCACUCUCAGGACUCUCCAAGGAGAACAAUUCCCAGAGUCCUGCACAGGACCCAGUCAUCCCACAAAGGUCAGAAAGGGUUCAGAGACCUCUGGAGAAGAAGCAAAGCCAAGUGAUGCUGCGUGGGAAAAGUUUCAGGAAGUUGCCAGAUGUUGUCCAGCAGAGAAAUUCCUCUGUGGGGAGACUGAUGAUAUGUGGGGACUGCGGGAAGAGCUUCCGUGUGAGUGCCAACCUGAUCCAGCACCAGAGAAUCCACACUGGAGAGAAACCCUUCCCCUGCAGCGAGUGUGGGGAGCGUUUCCGGCAGCGCUCCCAUCUCAUCCGGCACCAGAGGAUGCACACGGGGGAGAGGCCCUACGAGUGCUCCGAGUGCGGGAAGAGCUUCAGCGUGAGCUCGAAGCUGCUCCGCCACCAGGUGACCCACACCGGGGAGAAGCCCUUCAGGUGUGCCGACUGCGGGAAGAGGUUCUGCGGGAACUCCCAGCUGGUGCAGCACCGGCGAGUGCACACCGGGGAGAGGCCCUACACGUGCGGCAGCUGCGGGAGGAGCUUCAGCGUGAGCUCGGCCCUGGCGCGGCACCGGCGCGUCCACACCGGGGAGAGGCCCUAUGGCUGCGCCGAGUGCGGGAAGAGCUUCAGCCAGAGCUCCGAGCUCAUGAAGCACCGGCGGGUGCACACCGGGGAGAAGCCGUACAAGUGCUCCGAGUGCGGGAAGAGCUUCAGCGUGAGUUCGGCCCUCACACAGCACCGCCGGUUCCACACGGGCGAGCGCCCGUUCGGGUGCUCCGAGUGCGGGAAGAGCUUCACGGUGAGCUCCCACCUCAUCCAGCACCGCCGCUUCCACACCGGGGAGCGCCCCUUCCAGUGCGGGGAGUGCGGGAAGAGCUUCCUGUGGAGGUCGGCCCUGCUGCGGCACUGGCGGGUGCACAGCGGGGAGCGGCCGUACGCCUGUGCCGACUGCGGGGACAGCUUCAGGCAGAGCGCCCACCUCACCCAGCACCGCCGCACCCACACCGGCGAGCGGCCCUACGCCUGUGCCGAGUGCGGGAGGGGCUUCGCCGUGCGCUCCGCGCUCCUGCGGCACCGGCACGUCCACAGGGCGGGGCAGCUCUAGGCUCUGAUCCCCGGGGCCCGGUGUCUCCGUUCAUCCAUUGACUGCCCUGCUCACGGAGCGGGAAGGCUCUUUCUUUGAUGAGAACGAGUCCUAAAGGAGAGAGGUGCAAAGAGGGGAGAGCCAGCGCGAAGAGCUGGAGGUCUGCAGAGGAGCGCGGACACAGCACGGGCAGUUGGUGCUGCUCGGAGGGAAAGCUCUUGGGAGAGAAAGGACGUGCUUUGAAAAGGCUGGAAUGUGCUUCGCGUGUUUCAGAGGAAGGUAAAUGACUCUGUGACCACAUGUGGACAAUUAAUAGAAUGAAGCACACAGACCAUCUUGGAGCCUGCAACAAAAAAGUCAACAAAAGCUCCUGAUCUGUGUUCAGAGGCGCUGAGCUCCCUCCUUCAGCCCACGGGCUGGAGCCGCAGCCCAAAGAAGUCCAAGGCCUGGUGCCGUCGGCCCCCUGCGCUGGCUGUCCGCGUGUCCCCGCGGCCCUGCAGGGCGGCAGCUGCGCUGGGUGCCGUGGCUGCAGCCGCCAAUAAAGCCGCCGAUACCGCAACGCUGCCGCCAUCUUUCCUUCUCGGCCGCCGUUUCCGGUUGCCAGGGCGCGGCGUCGGUUGCGCAUGCGCGCGUUGGCGCUCCGGCCGCCCUGCGGGGGCGGGGCCUUG